CUAAGGGUCAAUCGUCAUCAUCAUCCUCCCACUUGAAACAGGAGAAAUUUCACCUAUCACAGAAAUCUCUCUCUAAAACCACCAUCGUAGAGAGAGAAAGCAACCAGAACCGAAGAAAAAUAGAGGGAGAGAGAGAGAGAGAGAAAGAGGAAUGUGUCCGCUCAGAAUCAUUCUCAUCUUCCUCUCUGCAACGCUUGCCGGAUUCUUCGUGCUUCGCAACAUCAAAUCUUCGCCUAAUGCCGCCGAAAACAACGGCGUUGUCGAUGAAUCUUCGGUCAAAGCUCCCACCAACUCAUCCUCUCUGAGUUCCAAGGUAUCCGGUAUCAUUCGGGAAGGAUUUUGGACUGGUGUGGACAUGGCGAGCGGAAAAUAUCUCUGGAGGCAUUUGGUUUCCUCGAAUCAGAAGCGCAUCGACUGAUCAUCGCAAUUGAGAAUUCGAAUGUAACAAUUUCUCUUUGAUAUACGUAAUAGAUCCCGUUUUGUUUCAGAGAUUCGAUAAGUGGGGUUAUUGUAUGUACAAUUACUGUAUGUAUAAUUGUGGAUUUGAUAAUUGCCAGCAAUCUCAAGAUCUGGUUGUCAAUUUCCAUGUAAAUUAAAUAAAUCAUUCCUCUGUACUCUGUGGUCACACUUACCCUUUACUUGGUUAUUUGGUAUCAGAACCUUGGAUUAAACAUAAUUUAUGUUAAGAAGUUGAAAACUGGUAGUGCUUAACAUGCCAAUUUUGUUUGCAG